AUGAACAAACCAAAGAAUCAGCCCAACGAUGUGGCUUCGCCUCUGCGAGAAGAAUUCGGUCCAAUUGAGACAUCGACGCCAAAACUGGGAACGGAAAGUGAUCUUGAGGGCCAGGAAAGAGUUCCGUCGACCGGCAUUAACAACGCAUCGAACGGACUCGCGGCGUCAGUAGAAAAUUCGUACAGACUGGAUGUAGGUAGUAGUCAGAAUGAACAUGGGGGAACUCGUCAAACGCUGGAAUUGACUCCUCUCUUGCCGGAUCCCGUUCCGGAUCUUGAAAACGCAAGACUUGAAGAAACAGAGUUGGACUUUAGACCCAAGAGGGGCAAUCUUAAGCGCUGGUCGAUCUUUGCCUUUCCUCUUGUGCUCCUACUACUUGUUAUUUGCGCCAUUGGCCUAACUUUACGUGAUAUAGAAUCGCUAUUGAAUGUCGCAGUGAUACCACAGAUCGAUGCUGUAUCUGUGCUCAACAUUACUGACCUGGGUGUGUCUGCCCACGUAGUUGGAAAUGUCACGGUCUCGUACGAUAACAUAGACAACUGGCUACAGAGGUCUGUGCUCAAGGUCUCCGGAGUACUUGCAGGUCCAGUUACGGUCACUUCCAGUGAGACUGUUAGAGUAUCGGUGUCAGGGCCAGGCUUCAAUGAAGCACAUACACUCGACGUUUUGCCGCCAGAAAUGGUCGUAGAUUUAGUCAAUGGCCGAACCUCUCCUAUCGACUUCAUUUCAGACACAAAAUUGGUGGAUUCAGGACUCCAAACGGUCGUCAAUUACAUCCUAUCCCACAAGAACGAGAACGUGUCCUUGGAUUUCGACCUUUUGCUUAGCCCGAAAGUGUCUACACGCUGGCUACAUUAUAAUGGAGGCCCUCUUGAGCUCACACAUAACCUCGUGGUCCUGCCAGAUAAUACCCAGCUUCCUGUCAAUGUCAAUGACAUUAACACGGAGUUUGGCAAAGACUACUUGAGCCUUUCGGUAUCUGCAACCAUCGAGCCUUUACCGGUUGAGUUUUCUCUCAAGCCCGCAGAAUGGGACAUCUCUCUAUUGGAUUGCGACGGAAAGCCAUCGUUGCUUGGGGUGUGGACCAGCAAUAGUGUAUUCUUCAAGCCCAGUGUACCAACAGAUGUAAAUUUGAUAGGAUCCGUUUCCCAUGUACCUCCAGAGCUACUUAAGGUGUGUUCUGAUGGAUUCAGUCCUUUCAACAGGUUUACACAAGAGCUAUUUGAGCAAAACUUGGUUCAUGUCUGGGUUUCUGCCACAAAAAGUGAUUUGAACUCCAAAAACUUAAUGCCAUGGCUCUACAAGGUCCUAACGCUGGCCGUUGUUGAAGUUGAAGCGCCAAUUCCACCUCAGAAUGACUUACUAAGCAACCCUUUAUCAAGUUUCACUUUAGACCACAUGGACUUGAGAAUUCCUCCUCUGCUUGAGGACGAUUCGUUCUAUUUCUUUGCCGAUUCGAGAAUGUCAGCUGUGGCAAAUAUACCCGCCAAAAAUGGCUUCAGCAUUGCUGCUUCUAGAAUUUUAUCCAACUUCACACUCUCAGUCGAGGACCACAGUGUCUUUUUGGGUUCCACGAUAAACUCUAAUGCACUGAUCGUCACUUCGUGCGCGAAGUCAUGUCUGAAUUCUGUGCAAUGUGACUUCAGAGACUUGAAUGUGACUGUUGUCGAUCCCGAGAGAAUGGGGAAAGCCAUAUCACAAAUCUUGAAUGGAAAGUUCCACUCCCCAUUGUCAUUUGGUGCUGAUAUAGAUCUGGUAAAUGUGGACCUGGAGCUUUUCUCGACAACCUUACGGAAUAUUUCGCUCUCAGGUAGCAAUAUUUAUACACCCAUGGAAAAUUUCAACAAGAAUAGGUCCAGUCUGUUUAUUGAAUGGCUUUUUGCAAAUGCUAAUAUCACAAUUGGCGAGGUUGUUUAUGUGGGCUCGAGUCCAGAAAAGCUCGAUUUAUUGGUUGAGUUAGAGAUGACAAACCCUACCAAUGUAUCUAUGAACAUUGGGGAUGUCAUCGAAGUUGAAUAUCACUACAACCAAACUCAAAUUGGAACUGUCAGCAUGCACGCCAAAAACAUUAGUGGGAAUAACACCAGACAAACUAUUGAAGCAAAUAUUCAGAUCGAUUCCAAGCAGCCCGUGUUUGUGAGUGAGUUCUUAAGUCGAAUCGUCUCUGGAUUGCCUCUUACAGUGGACUUGAAAGGCAAAAAGAGGGAACUGGGAUUUGGGCGUAUGAUGGGAAAUAUCGGAGUUCAGAAUGUCAAAGUUCCACUGCUCUCUUUCAGCAGGCCUGAAGAUGAAAAAGUGGAAGAUAAGGAGAAUGGCGAGGCACACAGUCCAUUUCUCAUUUCAACCACCAUCCAUAUAUGGACGUCUGAAAUUGAAUUGAUGGUUUAUAAUCCACUCGUGAAUGCCGAGAUUGCCGUCAAAAUUGAGAACUGCCAGGCGCUCUACGAGGAUGAGCUCUUGGCACAUGUUGAGGAGUCUGAAUUAAUAUUGAUUCCCCCAGGUAUCUACAAGACGCCUAGAAUACCAGUGCAGAUUUCUAAGGGAAUAGGUGCGGACAUCUUGCGGAAGGCUAUCAAUGGUGAGCUUCAGGUAGAGGUCUUUGCUGAGUUGGAGGUCUUUGUUGCACGGUUUUCGCUGGAAAUUAUGUAUCACGGACAAGGUCUCACAGCCACUGUGCGGUUGUAG